AAGUACCCGAUGUUGGCAUUAAUGUAUGAUAGUUCUCAUUGGUUAAUUUGUUUCGUGAGGUGAGAUGUGAAUAAAAUAGUACAAUUUCUUUCUGUUGUGUGUUGGAAGUGUUCUAACCUGAAAAGGGAAUAUGUGGUUCGAAGUCGAUGAAAUAGCUGAAUUAUUCAGAGGAUAUAUUCCAUAUUAUUUACUAAUCGUGUUACCAAUAUUUAUUAUUAUAUCACCCGUGAACCCUGUUGGUGCUGCAAAUGAAUUUCCCGUGCACCGCAUGCAUCAGUAUGACUUGCAUGGUGUACCGCACGGUUGUCGCAGUUCACACGUAAACUUGGAAGCACGUUCUGUUAGUAGAUGGAGUACAUCUCGUCACUGUGUUGUUACACGGCUGGAAGACAUCACAGCUGCUCAAUUUCGAGAACUCUGUAACAAAGCAGGAGCUCUUCUUGUUAUGUUACCUCGAGAUAUGACGAGCUUGCUUGAGGAAGAGAAGCAGCAAGUGAUGGAACUAGAAGCAGCCAUGAUGUUACAAGAGGUGUUCAUUCCAGUUUACUUUACUAAAUGGAGUCCAGAUCUCCAUAAUAUACUGGAUGACAUCUCAAGAAGCUCUGUGACUGAUGAUCGAUCUAUUUCAGCAGCUGAAGCUCUGAUGAAUUCUGUGUCUGCCAAUAGUUAUCAGGUAGUAAUCGGCGCCAAUCAAGCUACAGCCAGACCUGAUGUCAGUAUUGCAGCCAUUCAGGGUAAACUGUCUGGUUAUGGUAUUGAGGAAGAUCUUCCAACCAUUGUGAUUGUAGCAUAUUAUGAUAGUUUUGCAGUUGCACCAACGCUGGCAUUUGGUGCAGACUCCAAUGCCUCUGGAGUAAGCAUGCUGUUGGAACUUGCACGCCUUUUCUCACAUCUGUACACAAGCUCAAAGUCACAUGCCCGUUAUAACAUGAUUUUUCUGCUGUCUGGUGCUGGAAAACUAAACUACCAAGGCAGCAAGAGAUGGCUGGAUGAUCAGCUUGAUGGUCUGGAGGGGUCUAUUAUUCAGGAUGCUUCGUACAUCCUCUGUCUGGACACAGUGGCUACCUCCAGUAGCUUGUAUGUCCAUGUCUCAAAACCGCCUCGUGAAGGAAGCCCGGGAGCCUUGUUUUUCAAGGAGCUGAAAGAUAUAGCAGAACAUUUAUACCCCAAUGUGACAGUAGAUGGUGUUCAUAAGAAAAUCAACCUCGCUGAGGAAGUGUUGGCUUGGGAACACGAACGCUACAGCAUACGCCGUCUUCCUUCCUUCACAUUGUCUUCCUUGAAGAGCCACAAGGACUUGAUACGAGCCUCUCUGCUUGAUGUCCGGGAGAAUGUGGACGUGACACGUCUCACAGAAAAUACACAGAUUUUAGCCGAAGUUCUUGCUAGGCAUAUCUUCAACCUAACUACAGGAGAAAUUUUUUCAAGUACCGUGGGUGUGAAAUUGGACUCCUUGAGGUCAUGGCUUGACUUCCUAGCAACUCAGCCAAGGUCUGUACAGCUCCUCUCAGAAAAGAACAAUCCCUUGGUGAUUUCAUUGAAGGAUGCCAUGAGCAGGUACUUGAAAGAAGUGAAGAUAAUUUACCAGAUGCCAGACAAACGGGAUCCUGAGUUUGUCUUGUACGAUGUGACAAAAACUGUUGUCAAUUUGUACAGUGUUAAACCGGCCAUCUUUGAUCUCUUCCUGACCUUUGCCAUAGCUAUUUAUCUUGGACUGGUUUAUCUCAUUAUUCAGAACUUUCCAGUCUUGUAUGCAACAGUAUCUAAAAUCAUCUCAUCAAAGAAGGUCAGAAGUCAGUGAAGAAUAUUUGGAUUCCUUGGGGAACCCCUUUAAAAAUGCAGUUUUAAUUUGUGAAGGGUAGUUUUUUAAUUUUUCCAUAUACCUGACGAACUUUUCAUAUAAUACAUUUGUACCAUACUUUAUCAUUGGCGUAGGUUAAGAAUAUUAGUCUUCUUAAUUAUGGCUAUUAUUUUGGAGUGCCUUUGCCUUAAAUUUUCAGGCAUUCUAGUCAUCUGCUCAGUGUAUACAGCAACAUACUUAAAAUCCCUGUUUGGGUGCUUAUGGUAAAGGAGUGCAUCCUGUGUAUGUAUUUAUUAUGCCAUACAAUAAAUUCCAUGUAUGAAUGUUA